AUAUAUUAUUAAUCAACAGAUACAUCUAAAACUCACCUGUUGAGAUUUCAAUACUCCAAUAUGAAGUUUAGUGUACGAUCAGACGUGGGAUUGGUAACAAGUGGUUAUUUUGUUCUUUGUAUAGAAAAAAGGUUGAACAAAAAAGUCAACAAACAUGUCACUCGACGAGCGCUUCAAUGAUGCUGCUGAACGUGUGAAGAAAUUCACGAGCAGACCCACAGAUCAAGAAUUACUGGAAUUAUACGCUUUGUUUAAACAAGCCACAGUUGGAGACAAUAACACUAGUAAACCAGGUAUGUUUGACCUGAAAGCCAAAGCCAAGUGGCAGUACUGGUCAGAGAAAAAAGGGAUGAGUUCGGAGGCUGCCAAAGAAGCCUAUGUUACAUUAGUAACCGAAUUGGAGCAGAAGUACAAAUGA